CCCGCGAGACCCGCUCCACGACCUUCUUCUCCUUCCUCCCUCCCCACUCCCCCCACUCGAUCGCGCGCUGGCAACCGCAACCGGCCUCUCCUCCUCAACUACCGCCUGCCGCAGUACCGUCUCCACUACUCAUCACCCUCCAAGAGAAGAAGACACGGGGGCGGCGGCGUCGGCAGCAGAGCGAUCGCGAGGUCGUUCGAUGGACCGUCCGCGGCCGAUGACGCUCUGGGAACAGCUCUCCUCCACGCCCGACCCGGCCAUCCGCGACAUCCUCAAGAUCCCGCACGAAGCCGACGACGGCGAUCGCAGGCCGUGCACGCUCAUGGACGCCAUCGGCCGGGAAAGCCGCGGCGAGGGCGGCGACGGCAGGGUCAACUGGAAGCCGCUGCGCGACCGUCUCUGGCUCCGCCGAGCCGCGACCGCGUCUUCGACUACCACCCGCAACCGGCGGGCCGACGAAGAUGGAAGCGAGGAGGAAGAUGAGGAGAGCGAGGCGCCGGCGGUGGCCUCCAUGUCGCUGAUGGCGCUGCUGGAGCAGUCGGACAGCCAGUGGGACGACCAAGACGACGAGGAGGACGGCGCGUCCAAGAGCGGCGCUGUACACGUCGACGGGGACGGCGACGGGCGGGAAGAGGAGGAAGAGAUGGUGCGCGCGUGCUGCGUGUGCAUGGUGCGGCACAAGGGCGCGGCCUUCAUCCCGUGCGGCCACACCUUCUGCCGCCCGUGCUCCCGCGACCUCUGGCGUACCCGCGCCGACUGCCCACUCUGCAACGCCUUCAUCCACGAUAUCCUCCACAUCUUCUGAAUUCUAUACAUGCAUGCCUGCCUGCCAUUUAUUUCUACAUCAGUUCUUCAUCCAUUCACUCAACCACCGUAAGGUUCUGAACUAGAUUCAGCCAUCCCGCGACGUGGUCACUGUUGUAAGCAAGCGCGGUAACAGAUCGGAAUAAGACUGAAUGAAUAAUACGUGUAAAUUUUA